UACAGUCUGCGUUUAGAGUCUAUUUAGGCCUAAGUGAAGCAAAAAUAAAAUGAAGCCUGCCGCCAGCGGCGCUGCAGCUCCUCCAUCAUCGUCAACAUCAUCAGCAGACAAUAGCGCAGGGAGGAGGAGGCAGCACCGGGCUCCUUCGCCGGCUACAGCUCAGGAAGGGGCAACCAGACGAGCUUCACGGCGCCCAGGCAGGUCCAGAUCUCCUCUACCCGUAGGAAGGAGCAGAAACAUCGGGGUGAGAGAGAGAUUGAGGUCCGCAGACGGAAGGGAGAGGGAGCCCGAGAGCCGCGGCGGGGCAGCUGUUCACCCGGAUGGUGCUGAAGCUGAUCUAGUCGCACCAAACAGGGCGGAUGCUGUCGGGAAAGAUCCGACAGAAUCAUCAGCAUCGGCCCGUCGCUCCGCUUUACGCCUGCCUUGCCUCAAGGGCGACUCCUCCAAGCGUUUGUUGCCCGGCAGAGCAUCGCCUUCCUUCUCCGUGGCAGAGAAAGGGAAGAUACCCGGAGAGGAAGGCGGUCGUAGGGAGAGAAGCGGCGCGUCUGCGGGCUGCGGCGCGGGCCUCGGUUUGGGUUUGUGGAGAGGAGGAUGCUUACAGGCUGAACUCAUCCAGUUCCAUCUGCAGAAGAGACUGAGAAGAAGCGGUGCGAAGAUGCAAACCAAGACGGACAACAUGGGAACAGAGGAGGCCGCUCUGGGAGAGCCGGAGCCGGCUGCAGAGGCGACAGAGGCGGGGUCCGUGACACAGCAGGACCAGGCCUUUGAAGACGAGAUGGAGAGACUGCUUGACGAAAAUGAAGAUCUUAAGUGUGAAAUUGAGGAGAUGAGGACCGAGAUGGACGAGAUGCGGGACACAUUUUACGAAGAAGACACGUGUCAGCUGCAGGAGAUGAGGCGUGAGCUGGAGAGAGCCAAUAAAAACUGCCGGAUCCUGCAGUAUCGUCUGAGGAAGGCUGAGAGGAAGAAGCUGCGCUACGCCCAGACGGGAGAGAUCGAUGAGGAGCUGCUCAGGAGUCUGGAGCAGGACCUGAAGGUAGCGAAGGAUGUGUCUGUGAGGCUGCACCACGAGCUGGAAAAGGUGGAGGAGAAACGCACAAAGACAGAGGAGGAGAAUGAAAAACUGAGACAGAAACUCAUAGAGGUGGAAGUGACCAAACAAGCCCUGCAGAAUGAACUAGACAAAAGCAAAGAGUCUCAAAAGAGAAGAGGAAGCAAGGACAUCCAGAAGACAGACAGGAAAUCAGCACAGACUCCUACAGAGGAGGACAAUGAGGACCUUAAGUGCCAGCUAGCUUUUAUCAAAGAGGAAGCAGUGCUUAUGAGAAAGAAGACGGCCAAGAUUGACAAAGAGAAGGACCGUCUAGAGCAAGAACUGCAGAAGUACCGCUCCUUCUAUGGUGAACUGGACAGCACCCAUCCUAAAGGAGAGGCUGGGGGUCCACCCACCACCCGCGAGUCAGAGCUAAAGCUCCGGCUCCGCCUGGUGGAGGAGGAGGCCAACAUCCUGGGGAGGAAAAUAGUUGAGUUGGAGGUUGAGAACCGUGGCCUGAGGGCCGAGCUCGACGACCUCCGCGGUGAAGGAGAGGGUGCUGGAGGCUCUGGGUGCGGAGCGAUGGGUGGGCAGGGUUCGGGGCGGGGCCGCGGUGAUGAUCUGACGGAGCUCCGACAGCAGCUGCAGCUGGUAGAGGAUGAGGCAGAGCUGCUGAGGAGGAACCUAGCAGAUGCUGAAGAUCAAAACAAGAGAGUGACUGCUGAGCUGAACAAGAUGCGGUUCAAAGCCAGCACCCACGAGGGAGGCGCCAGGCAUGGGGGAGGAGGUGGUGGGAUUGAUGGAGCAAAGGCAGAAGCCCUGCAGGAGGAGUUAAAGGCAGCAAGGCUACAGAUUAAUGACCUUAGUGGCAAGGUGAUGCAGCUGCAGUACGAGAACCGUGUGCUCCUCUCCAACAUGCAGCGCUAUGACCUGGCCUCCCACCUCUCCCUGCGGCCCAGCCCACGGGACAGCGAUGCAGAGAGCGAUGCAGGCGGUGCGACAAGUGGUCGCCGUGAGAGUGACGAGGACUCCACCUCUUCCCGCCUCCUCCCACCGCACCGCAAACGCGAGGGCCCUGUAGGUGGGGAAAGUGACUCAGAUGAGGUCAGAAACAAUAACGGAAGCAGCCGUUGCUUAACGCCCACACGAGGCCUCUACACCCCCACUGGACCCGAGGGUGCUGCCUCCUCCGCCUUGGCCCGCUUUCUGCCUGGGGGCCGGUGCACCCUGCGCGAAAGGCAGCAAAUGACUGACAUCCGCACGGAGGCGGAGAGGCUUGUUCGCACCAUGGACCGGCUCAUCGCUGACACGGCCACUAUCAUCACAGAGGCUAGGGUCUACGUUUCAAACAGCGACCUGAUGUUCGGGAGGGGAGAGGAGGGUGGGGAGGAAGAUGGGAGCAGGAUCAGGGAACAUGAGCUGCUGUAUCGCAUUAACGCUCAGAUGAAGGCCUUCCGAAAAGAACUGCAGACCUUCAUAGACAAACUGGAAGUGCCGAGGCAUGAGGACAGAGAGACGGAGGAGCCACUGUCGAUGUUCCAGCCUAUCAUUUUGCUCAUCCUCAUACUUGUGUUAUUCUCGUCCCUCUCUUACGCCACCAUCUUUAAACUAGUCUUUCUUUUUACUCUUUUCUUUGUUCUGUGAUGUUCGCCUCCCUUAAUUCACAUCAUCCCUUGUUUGUUUGUUUUGCUCUGUUGUUUUUCUUUCCUCCCCGCAUCAUUUGUUGCCAAGGUAACCAAAAGCACAGGAAAAGCUCAGCACUUGCCAAAGCUGCAGUCACAUUCAAGAGAGUGUGGCUAGAUUCAACACUGGAGUCUACAUUAUCCUUAACACAUCACUGUCCAUAUCAGCCCCUCCGGAAGAACAACACUUGCUGUACCAUCCUGCUGUUGUUGCCUAAAGUGUUUCCAGGCCAUCGAUCCUUCCAACCCUACGGUGACCUCUGACAGGAAAGUGAAACAGGAGAAAGGGGAAAUUGCCAUUUAAAGAGGCCUC